UUGGGGAAUCGAACCUGGCCCUGAGAAGGCUGUCGGCCGGGUUACAUUAGUGUUUCAAUCACCUCACAUUAGGCACGCUGCUUUGUCUACUACCCAGUCGAGCGCAAGAUGAAGAAGUCCGGGGACUUUCUCUCCCUGCUCAACAAUCGCGAUCUGCUGAAGACUCCGUCCGGCAACUCCAUCGUGAACUUCCUGGUGAAACCGAUGAGCGUGGAAAUGAACACGGCGGACAAUCUUAUCACGGGUGCCAGGCGCCAGCGAAUGAUGGAGCUCUUCCAGGAGGACCGCGCCUGGGAGGCCGCCGAGUUGUCCCGCUUCGGACUGAGCUGCAUCAAGGCCCCGGACUGCUAUCCCUGCUGCACUCCCUUCGAGUGCUCCAAGGCCAAGUUCUAGGACUAAAUGAUACAUUGAUGUGGUCUUUUCUUGUAUGUGUGUGAGAAUCAAAUCCAUACGUUAAUCAACCUUUAAAUUCCUUCCUCGCAAAAGAGGGGAUUCUCUAGGAGAUUAGAAAACCUAUUUCGUUGAAA